AUGCCUUCCGCCAUUCAGCCUACUGAGGUGCACACCCAUGUUGCCAUUGUCGGUGCUGGACCUCGAGGAACUAGCGCUCUGGAGCGUCUUUGUGCCUCAGCACCGGAGUUCAUUGCCUCAGGAGCACGACUGACCGUUCAUAUCGUUGAUCCAUCGCCUCCAGGCGCGGGUCGUGUAUGGCGUACAGAGCAGUCGGAUGAACUUCUGAUGAACACCGUCACAUCCCAGGUGACCCUGUUCACCGAUGAUAGCAUUGUCUGCUCAGGCCCAAUCCGUCCAGGGCCAAGUCUCUACAACUGGGCCGCCGACAAGAUCCCUGACAUUGGGCCUGAUGAUUACGGAACCCGUGCUCAGUACGGAAAAUAUCUUGAAUGGAUAUUUCAAGAGACUGUGCGACAAGCACCACCUCAAGUGCAAAUUGAGGUUCAUUCUGCUUUUGCUGUCCGCUUGGACGACACUUCCUAUGGCCAACAAACGCUCAAGCUGUCGAAUGGCCGCACCCUUUCUAGCCUCGCAGCUGUCAUUCUUGCACAGGGUCACGUCUCCCUGCUUCCGGACCUUGAACAACUGAAACUCAAUGCUUACGCAGAGCUGAAUGGCCUCCAUUAUAUCCCGCCCUCGAACCCGGCAGAUGUUGAUCUUUCUGUUAUUGCUCCUGGAGAGCAGGUUUUUCUGCGUGGUCUUGGUCUCAAUUUCUUCGACUACAUGGCCUUGUUAACAACAUCCCGGGGUGGUAGCUUCUCAGGGACUCCUAACGGCUUGAAAUAUUACCCAUCGGGCAAUGAGCCUCGGAUGAUUGCGGGAUCUCGUCGUGGUAUUCCAUACCACUCCCGUGGUGAUAACGGCAAAGGGGCAUAUGGCCGCCACAUGCCCCUCGUCUUCACUGAAGAAGUCAUCAAUGCUUUCCGCAAGCAUUCUGAUGCUGGACAAGCGCCUGACUUCCUCCAGGAUAUCUGGCCUCUUGUGUCCAAAGAAGUGGAAACCGUUUAUUACUUGGCUCUACUGAAGCGUGAUGGGUCGGAACAAACCGACUUCCAGAAGAGGUUCCUAGAAACUGAGCCAAAUAGUCCCCAGGAAGCGCAAGUUCUUCAUGAGUUUGGUAUUUCGGAAGAGAAGCGGUGGUCCUGGGACCGUAUUCAGCGUCCACAGGGCGACCGAGUUUUCAAUACCACCACUCAGUGGCGUGAGUGGUUGAUCGACUACCUUCGCGAAGACGCCAAGGAGGCCGCACUUGGAAAUCUGAACGGUCCACUAAAGGCAGCUUUGGAUGUGAUGCGCGAUCUGCGAAACGAACUGCGUUUGAUCGUGGAUCACAAUGGAUUGACCGGUACUUCUCAUCGGAAGCACCUCGAUCGCUGGUACACACCGCUCAACGCCUAUGUGUCAAUUGGGCCUCCCCGCAAACGUAUUGAGCAAAUGAUUGCGCUUAUGGAAGCUGGAGUUUUGGAAGUCCUGGGUCCCCAUCCCCAGGUAAAGGCCCAGGACGAGGCCUGGCUAGUCCACUCGCCCGAGGUGCCAUGCGAGCCUAUCCGAGUUACAACAUUGAUCGAAGCCCGCUUGCCAGAGCCGACGCUCCGCAACACGGGGGAUGAGCUUCUUUCCCAUUUGUUCAAAACGGGUCAAUGUCGCGCUCACACUAUUGACGGAUACGAGACAGGUGGUCUUGAUGUGACUGGGAGCCCAUACCAUCUCAUUGAUACCCAUGGCCGUGUGCACCCAAAGCGGUUUGCUGUCGGCGUUCCAACUGAAGGGGUCCACUGGGUAACCGCUGCUGGUGCUAGACCAGGUGUGAACUCUGUCACCCUUUGUGACACUGAUGCCAUUGCCCGCGCUGCUCUUAGCGCAGCAGCUAUCGAGGCGAAGAUCACUCAAGCUCACAUUGAUGUGAAGACAUUUCCCUAUGUUGAGGUUGCCGAGCUCCGUGUCCAUGCUUGA